AUGUCGUCUUUCAUCAAAGCCUGUUCAGCAUCAGAUCCCAACCUCAACCAAUGCGUAUCGUCGGUGAUCACAGCCGCCGGUCCUAUAUUCGCCCAGGGCAUCCCAGAAUUGGGCGUGAAGCCCCUCGACCCUGCGGAAUUGGGCAAAGUGGUGGUCAAAAAUCCAGCCCUAAAUGUAGUCUUCGAAGACACCGUGGUCACAGGAUUGUCUGGGUUCAGGCUCAACGCCUUCAAGAUGAAUGUGGAAAAGGGCAAAGCGUUGCUGGACUUCACAGCUAACAUAACAUUAAAGGCACAUUACGAGAUGGACGGAAAAGUGCUCAUUCUACCCAUCAAGGGUAACGGCCAGGCAAAGAUCAAGAUCGCAAAUCUAAACAUCGUUAUUAGAUACACUUACAAAACAGUGGACGGUCACUGGAUCAUCACCGACCACAAGGACAGCUACAAGAUGGAUCACGCGCAGUUCAAGUUCACAAACCUCUUUGGCGGAAAUAAGGAGCUCGCUGACACAACACUCAAAUUCCUAAACAACAAUUGGAGUAUUAUCAUGGAAGAAAUAGCACCGCCGGCCAUAGACCAGAUCAUAUCAUCCUGUGUUUUAGAAGUUAGGAAACUUUUUAGUGGAGUACCUGCAGAUGAGUUACUCGGCCAGUGAAUGCGGCCACAAUCGACCGCGUGAUCGAUGAGCAUUGGGAGCCGGUAGUGAGAG